GUCGGCGGGAGGGAGCGGCUGCGGCGGGGCGCGAGGCCGCCAUGAGGUACGGGCGGGGUGGAGCGAGGCGGGCUGUGGGGCGGCAGGGGAUGCUCGGGGUGACGUGGGGUACUCGGGCUAGGGGUGUGGGGAGGGCUUCGGGCUGCGGGGUUGAGGCUCUGUGGGGGGGAUGCCACGGCCGGAGGUCGGUGUGUGGGCUGGGGGGGAGCUGCGGGCAGGGCGGGCCUCGCUGGGUACGGGAGGUGCUGUGGGGUCGGGCAUCCCCGUGGCGCUGCUGGGGCGGGGCGCGUUCUCUGGGGCCGCCCGGAGCAGAGCGCGCCAAAUGGGGCCGGGGUCUGGGCAUGGCGGGGCAGCGCAGGGCCGGGCCGCUGCAUCGCACUGAGGGCAGCCGUGGGGCGAGGCUUCGGGCACCCGUGGGGUCUGCCGUGCGGAGCGGGUGCAGACUGGCACCGCAUUGUGGAUCCUGGCACAGAGCGUCGCUCGGACCGGCGGCUGUGGCUGCGCGGCGUUAAGGGAGCAGGAGGAAUCCCCGCUCGGCGGGGCACGGCUCUGGCGUUGGUUGGUCCCUCGCCACACCUGUGCCCUUACCCUGGCGCGGUGGUGCUGCCCAGUGCUCGGACUCUGCGGGCUGGGAUCGCGCUCCAGGCUUUGCCAGCGCGAUUUCCUCCUUUGGCAUCAGUGAGGGGAGCGGGGGCGGAGGUGGGGGGAGCCCGGGGGAGACACAAAUGUGCGACUGCAGCAUCCUCGCACUCACGGCCGCAUCCCUCGCGCCUCCUCGCUGUUGCUGUAGCAACCUCCCGUCGGUGGGGUAUUUAUAGAGGAGCGCUGAGAAGCGGGGGGGACGGGGCUGGGUGGGUGUCUGCCGGGUCAGCCUCCAGCUUCUCCCAUACGGUGGGUAGGUGGCUGCUCAGGGAGUGCUGCUCGCCGGCUGCCGGCCCUCCCACUCGUCUCACCUGGGGGCGGUCAGGGAUCUGCGUAUGGAAAUGAGAAAUAAAUAUCCGUGUCGCUCACCCUUGUUGCGUGCACCCGGGCAGGCAUCUCUUGUGCUUGCAGGCUUGUGCAGAGCAGGCUCAUUGUUUGUGCUGGAAUAAACCGUCUCUUGUUUCUGACACUGGGUGGUGCAUUGGCACAGUUGUUUGGGGGAAGAAAGUUAAAGAUGAUGAAACUGAUCAUGACUGUACUUUUAUGCCUGCCGUGUCAGGCUCCACGAAUGUCAAGCGUGCUUCAUGGAGCCUGGGAUCCUGGCAAAUCUAGUCUUGAAUAUGUUUAUUUCUGCGACUCAAGUUCUCCUGUGUAUCAGGUAGAGAGGGUGUGAUGCUCAUUGUCUGUAAUAACGAGUGGUACAAAGUUUGUGUGCUGUGUGGAUGAUAGGGCAAGUUUUCUUUGCAGCCCGUUCUUUGAUACAGUGGAUUUGAGUUUCUUCAUUAAAACUGACAGCAACAAAAUCAGGUCAGUGUCUGCUCACAGCUGACAGAACCUAUAAGGGACUGUGCGGCUCCUGUGGCCUGUGUGCUCCGAUCAGAUUUGGGAAUGUGGUUUGGAGGAGCAGGAUCGAGUGUUUCGUUCCUUGUGAAGAGAAACGUGGAUGACUGCCCAGCCUGGGGAGUGUAAGCUGACAAACCUGUCAUGUGUAAUUGUUCUGCUGCUUUCCCUCUGUCCUGUUUAAAUCCCAGGCAAGGUGUUGCAGAAUUUCUCAGCAUGUUUAAAAGAAACUGCUCUUUGCUGAUGGAAAACAGCUCCAGGCAUCCUCGGUCUCUUGCUGCUCUUGGUACAAAAAACAUGCAAAACCUGAUUUUGUCAGUGAGAGACAUUAGCUUUACUGAGGUGUUUGUUGGUGAGAUCUGAUACCUCCUGAAGCGGCGAUACACCAGCACUGCUGUGUGCCUGGAUUCCAGCCUUUUGACUGAAAUGGGAAGUGUGUUUCCUGUGCUGCUGACCCAGCGGAUGGCUUUGUACUGCCACUGACCUCACCCCAGCAGAGAGCUAAUUGAAGUGCUUUUGGGAUUACUCUGAAUAUCUGCAGUCCUGGACCUCAGAUCAGCUCAUUUUAGUUCCUGCUGUUUCUAAACUGCCUUUGCUCCUACAUUCACAAUACAUCCCUGUGGGAACUGGCUCGGUCUUUUGAUGGAGUUGUGGUUUUGUCACAGCAAGGUGUCACAGAAGGUAGGUUGGAGACCUCCACAGCCAAGCGAGGCAGCAUGGCAAGCAUUGCUGGUCUUCACCCAUGAUUCAGGCCAUGCUGUCCUGCAGCCCGUGUGGCCUGGGACACUGUGGCUCUAUAUUCCUGGCAGAGACCUGGGCAGUGGUGUAACGCAGCCCUGCUGGAGUAUGUUGCAUCUUGGGCUGGACUCAAUCCUCUGUCCUCGCUUAUCUGGGCAGCCUGCACAGAGGCUGCAUGCAGCGAUGCAAUGGGAACACUAAGAGGAUGGUGGUUGUGAACAGGAAGAUGUUAGAGAUCUGGCUGGAAUCUCAGGAUCUGCUCAGGGUGUCACCAGAGCCAGCUGUGAAGGUGGAGGCAGUAGCCAAGCUGGACAGGAAGAGAACUCCAGGGAUGACAGUGACCAGUUCAGCAAAGCAGGGUCAAGUGACUGGUAUCUGCAGGGAUGGAAAACCUUGCAAGUGAGAUCUGCAGCUAAGCUUGUUGCUCCAAGGUGGGAAGGAAGAUGGAAAGAGUCUCAGGCUCAAGUGCUGAGGAGGGGAGAGUUAAUAGCACAGCUUGAUCAAGGCAGGAAGCCAAGGAGUUGCUCUAGUGGGAGGCUCCGUCAGUCCCCUUACCUCCUUGUCCUGCAUCUGCUCUUGUUGCUGCUGUGUGAAUUAGUUCAUCUGGUUGAUCCAUUGGAAGACUGAGCUUGAGGGUGAAAGAGGUAAACAGGCUUCUGUAGAUCAGCCAGCUGACCUGAUUCAUCUUACUCAAAGGAUGCAGUGAGAUUGGCUGGGUGGGAAGAAUCAGUAUCAACCUACAGUUGGAUGUGUUUGGCUGCAUAUAAAAGGGCUGUCUUGUGAAAUGUAUGUGGGAUGUUUGUAUCCUGGGAGUCGUGGUCUGUGCAGUGUUGCUUUCUGGACAGCAUCUCACUGUGCCUGUGCUAAUGGGGUCAGCGUCCCUAUGCUGGGAGCUCCCUUUUUCCCCAGGAAGCCUCUGUCUGACCCAGGUCCUCUUUCUGAUGUAGUUGCCUUGUAGUAAAGGGGCAGUAAGGUGAGAUCCCAUCAAGGGCAGAAGGUUAAAAACAAGCCUGUUGGUGCUGUCCUGUGUGGUCUGACACUGCCAAUUUCUGUGUAUCUAACAUCCAGUCCUGUUGGAAGGAUGUUGCUGGUGCUGCAUGUCUCUGGGCAGACCCUGGAAGCCAUACUCCGCUCUGUGUGCACUUCCUCAGCAGGCAAACUGCUGCACUAACUGAACUGUAGCUGUGGGCCAUUUGGUGUUUGGGAUGCCUGUUCCACCAAAAGCAGUGUUCUUGGGGGCCAGGAAUGCCCACUCAAUCCUGAAGCGCUUUCCCCGAGCCAACGGCUUCCUGGAGGAGAUUCGGCAGGGCACCAUCGAGCGGGAGUGCAUGGAGGAGGUCUGCAGUUAUGAGGAGGUCAAGGAAGUGUUCGAGAACAAGGAGAAGACAAUGGAGUUCUGGAAGGGCUACACCAACUCGGUAUACUCUGUCAAGGACCCUGGGCACAGCACAGAGCGCUCAGACGCUAUGUACGUGGUGGUGCCCCUCUUGGGAGUGGCUCUUCUGAUAGUCAUCGCCCUCUUCAUCAUCUGGAGGUGCCAGCUGCAAAAGGCCACCCGUCACCGUCCUUCCUACGCCCAGAACCGCUACCUGGCCAGCCGAACGGGACGCAGCCUCCCCAGGGUCAUGGUGUACCGCGAGCGGUCACAAAGCCAAGGGGAAACUCAGUAUCAGCGAGAAGCAGGCAACCGAGGGGCUGGAGACAGCAGAGCAGGUGGCACCCCCCAGCAAGAUGGCACUCUCUGUCCACCAGAGCACUCGGUCUCUGUCCUCUCCAGACUGUCCAGUGCCACCCCUCCACCUUCUUACGAGGAGGUGACAGGGCACCCAGAGAGCAGCAGCGGUGAAGAGACCAGCAUCUCCUACAAUGACCCUCCACCAAAGUAUGAGGAGAUUGUGGCUGCUGCUCCCACUGCAGGCAAAUAGAGGGUCUGCCUCUCUCUUGCCUCUUCACACACUCAUGCUCAUGCACCCACACCCCUUGCCAUGCCCGGAACCUUGUUCAGGUGGCAUUGAUAUCCCUGUCUCACUUGUACAAGCUGGUGCCAUCACACAAUAGCCUUACCUUCCUUACCAAAAAACAGCUGUCCCCAAGCAGGGUGAGGGUGGGAUGUGGGACUCUGGGUUCGACCAGCCAUCCCCCUUCCCCUUGCUCCCUGCUCACAUAAGUGCUGCAGCAGCCAGAGCAGAGCAGCAGCUUGUUCCUGGCUCAUUGUGGGGGUCCUCUCCACGGUGCAUUGGAUUUCUUCACUUCCCCUCAGACAUAACAUUUCCCAUGACUAAAACAGCCUCACUGCCUCCCUGGGGCUCUGCUCAGCCUUACCCUGUGUGCAUGCAGGCUCAUGGACCUGAGGCAUGUGUGGGGCUGGUGUUGGCAUUGAUCUUUUCCAUACCCAAAUCAGCAGGGGCUGGUUUGUGAUGUGCUGAAACCCCAGUCCUCACUGUCUUCUGUUUGAUGCUUGGUGCUCUGAUGAGGUGAGGAGGCAGGAGGGGUGCUCGUUUCUGUCCCCGUGGUUUGUGACUGGGGAGAAAAUUCAUCCUUUGUGUGAAUUUGCUGCCUGGUGGCAGUGGGAAGCACAAUCCAUCCUGUAGUGCCUGUAGCGAUAUUUAUUGUUGGGAGAAAGGAGAGGGACUUGGCCGAGGAGGUGCUUUGUGAUCUAAAACCCUUUGGAAAGGGAGAAAGGUUUGUGAUGGUCUGGCACUUGAGGUAAGUUGCUUUGGAACCACCAAGAUGGCUGCACGGCUUUAAGCAGUGGGGAUGUGCCUCCUUCCUGCAGGUGCCUGCCUCACCUGUUUGGUGCCCUCACCAGGUGUGGGAUGCAGGUACAGGGAGGCUGCAGAUGUGCCAAACCUCCCUUCAGCCUUCCCCUAACCUCUGUCCUGGCUCUCUUUCCAGGGCUCUUGUCCUCCAAGCCACUCUGGGGGGCAGAGUACAUGGCCACGGCCAUGGUGCAGAGGGCCUGUUGGCAGAGAUGGCUGCAAAGGUGAACAAUGAUUGUGCCACCAACCAGACUCUGGCAGCUGGGGAUGCUGAUGGGGCAGGAGCAGAGCUGAAUCCUGCCCUUGGAACCAGGGCAGAGUAGAGCACGUGCUUUGCCAUGGGACCAGCGUGUCCCCUUUUCCUAGGCAGCCACUUCUGGGGUCCGUGCGAUGGGGCUAUCCUUUCCCAGUCACGUCUGGUGGGCUAUAAGGGGGUUCUUCUCACCAGCCCCCAGGACCAGCCCAGAACCUUGUAGCACUGCCACCCUGUAGCGUUCACCCCACACCAGUCUCCACCAGCACCAAAAGGCUGUGGCGUACCUGUAGGCUGCCCACGCCUGCUGUCCUUCUCCGUCCCAGUGAUGCUCUCAGCCCGGAGCUGAGGCUUGCCCAGCACGGCUGUCCCUGGGGCAGGAUACGAGCCCGUGGGGUCUGCAGCUGCCGGCACCUUGUCUGUCCCUUCCCAGGCCUUCACUCUGCCUUUCGGCCUUAGUAAACAUAGGUGAUGGGACGACCUGGCAACGAGUGCCAGGGUCAGAGCUGGGAAAGACCGGAGGGAGUCAGAGGGCGCUCUCGGAUCCUCUGUCUUUGAUGCGCGGUCAUUACCUUUGCGGUUUGUAUUCUGUAAAACUUGGUAUAUUUCUGUGCAAAAAGGUAUUUAUUAAAAAACCCUCACUGUCUGA